GCGUGACGUCACCGACACGGAAGUCGUCUCCCAGGGCGCGGGGCUCGUGACGACCCUUCCGUGUUGUUGUUGUUGUUGUGGGUGCCGGCCGUGUUUGUCUCUCCCUGCAGGGCGGUGGUAGUAGCUUUACUCCUCCUUUUCCCACGGCCCUGUUUGUCUCUCCCUGCCGUGCUGCUGCCAUGACGACGAGGCGGCGGCUGCUGCUGGCGGUGGUGGCGGUGGCCGCGCUGGCGCUGUGCGGCCUCCCCGGACUCGGAGCGGCCCAGGACUGUUCGUCCUUGAACAACAGCAGCUGUGAGAAGUGCCUGAAGAAUGUGACGUGCCUGUGGUGCAACACCAACAGCCGAUGCAUGGACUACCCGGUGAAGAGAAUCCUGCCGCACACGGAGGACUGCGCCCUGUCGGCGGCUCGCUGGGGCGUGUGCUGGGUGAACUUUGAGGCUCUUAUCAUCGCCAUGUCGGUGGUGGGAGGCAUCCUCCUCCUGGGCCUGGCCACCUGCUGCUACUGCUGCUGCCGCUCCCGCAAGAGCGGCCCGACUCGCGAGGAUGUGCGCCUCCACCAGCAGCAGGAGGAGCGGCGCGCGCAGAGCGAGGAGAGGCGGGCCGAUCGUAAGGCAAGACACGACGAGAUCCGAAAGAAAUACGGCCUCAUCAAGGACGACCACGCUUACUCUCGCCUGGCCAGCGCCUAGCGGGACGCUGGCGGCGAUGGUGCCAGCGCUCCGCACGGCUGCCACUCCGCUCGACAGGAAUGCGGUCGCAAGCACCGCGCUCGCCCUCACCCCGCUCGCCCUCACCCCGCUCGCCCUCACCCCGCUCGCCCUCACCCCGCUCGCCCUCACCCUCACACCGCUCACCCUUAUCCCGCUUACCUUCACACUGCUCCUCCUCACCUGCACCCUGCUCACCCUCACCCCGCUGCUCCUCACCCUGACUCCACUCACGGUUACCCUGCUCACCCUCACCCUUCUCACCCUUGCCCCUCUCUUCACCUUCUCCUCGCCCUGCUCCUCCUCAUCCUUUCACCCCAUUCACCCCCACUCUUACCCUCUCCUCCUCACUCUCAUACCUCUUCUGACCCUCUCACCCCUUUCCUCCUCCUCCCCCUCUCACCCCUUUCCAGAGAGAUUCACCCCCCUGUUGUUUUUUGCAGUCCUGCUAAAUCCCGAGUACCGCAGGCUAUUAAGUUGGAACCGUACGUUUGAACGGGAAAUGAGUCGGGACUAAAGUUAAUGAAAGAUCGCAUAAUUCCAAAUGAGCGAAUGUGAGUUGGUGAGUAUUCCUGGGCAGCACAGGGCUCUGGCUUUGCCUGGUGAUUUUUGGAGGCUGAUUGCAGCUGAGUGCACUUGCUUGUUUCAGGAGUUUGCAAAGUUCUUGAACUGCUUUCUUUUCGUAAAUGUUCCGUUCAUGUCUUUAAAACUUACGUAAGCUGACUUCAUUGUUAACUUUAGUGAGAUACUGUAGAACUAAACUAUUUUAAAACUAAACUAUUUUUUAUUUUACUAGAUUUGGCCCACUGAGCUAGAUAGCUCUUUUUCAGAAGCGACCUGGCCACAAUCAUAGCUCAAUGAAGUGGCCAAUCAUGUGGAAAUGUAUAGUAUUAGCCAAAUACUCUAUACGUGUGACGUUGAUUCUAAAUGUGAACGGAAAAACCGGAGGACCCAGAUAAAAGUCCACGCAACCAUGGGGAGAACAUGCAAACUCCAAAUAUACUGCGGGCAUCAGGGUCGGGAUCGAACUCACGACCUCCUGCAUACCAGGCGAGGGAAUUAACAUCUCGUCACCGUGAGAUUAACAACUUCUUUUGCACCGUACAUAGCCAACCGUGCCAAUCGGGCCAAUCGGAGGUGCAGUGUAUGUGUGUGUUGAACUUUCGCACCGUACGUAGCGUAAGCAUCCUAAUCAGAGGUGCGGUGUAUGUUGUACUUUAGCACUGCACCUAACCAACCGUGCCAAUCGGAGGUGUGACAUCACCAUGUCAUGUGGCAAGUGACUAUAUGGGUUUCGACUAGUCACAUGACAUGGUGAUGCCCUGUGCAUGCAAGGCAUGAUGGGAGGACUGAUGUAGAGGUCACAGUAGCACCUGUUGCCAAUCAAAACUAAUAGUUUCGCGAGGUACAAUUAUUCUUUAUUUCCAGCCUGCACGCACUGUUGUGUCUGUGACAAGUUUCUCAUUCAAUGGAGAGUCAUGGGAUUGUGUUCUUGCUAUUCUGGUUAAAGUGCCUAUUUUUGUUUUACCUUGGGAAAAUUUUAAUACGUUUUUUUUCACUUGUGUUAAGCUGGCUAAUGCAAAGUUAAGUCAUUAUUUUUGCAAAAAAGCACCGUGUGUCACAGAUAUUAUCUAAGUGUAAGAAUAUAUGCGUCCAUUGAUGUACACGACUGCUGCUGCCGUUGCCGAUGCCGCUGCUGAUGCCGCUGAUGCCGCUGCCGCCAAUGCCAUUGAUGCUGAUGAUGCUUCCGCUGAUGUGGCUGAUGCUGCUGAUGCUGCUGAUGCUGCUGAUGCUGCUGAUGCUGCUGAUAUCUGAGCACUUUCAAGCAUUGGGUAUAGACGUGCUUGUAAAGUCGUGCCGUCUCCUGCAGACAGAGGCUCCCGAGAGGCCUACUUGCUCACUGGGCCACGAGCUUCAUGAAAGACCUAAACCCCAGGAUCAUCUGCCUUGUCAAAGACCCAAACGCAGAAGAUCCCCUGGGUUUAAAUCUUCCACGAAGCUCAUGGUCCACCCAUAAACCGUAUCAACCACUGCACAAACCAUGGCAGCAGCAGAUGCGGAUAUCUGAUGAUGCACAAAUGGAAAAGUAUAAACUGUCUAGUAGUCUGGUGACUCGGGUCAUCCAGAACAGAGCCGCACGACGUAUAAGGACGCAAUAACGCCCCGAUCCACAAAAUAAGGAGACCUCACGGCGAUACACUUCUCCCGCCGCUCCUGAUGCAGUUCAGAAUCAGAAUAUUUAUAAUGGAGGAGGAUUCCGAUGAGCUAUAAAGCUCUUUUUUUCAAAAUGUCCACUAGGGGCAAGUGGUCAGAACGCUACAACAACGAAUAAUACAAACACGGACAGCAGUGAAAAGUACAUUCAGGUGGCUUGGACCACAGUGAAUGUGAAAUUGCAGCUGUUGCUCGGCAUCUACAUCAGCUGCCGUACGACAGAAGAAGAGGAGGAUGAGGGCUCGCUGCUUCCGCAACAGCCAGACGAGCGACGCGCUCACGCUCAGAGCCGCCCCUAGGGUCCAGCGAAUCAGGGUGACUGCCCUGGGCCCCUCGCUUUGGGGGGGGGGGGGUUAGCCCUGCGUUUCGACGUCAAGAUGUCGGAUGUAAAUGCACUUCAGUGCCAAGGCGCCGGGGGUGAACCACAGUGUGAUCGAUUUACACCCCUGUGGACAGCACGGUUUUGGGGGAUUCUUCGCUCGCUCGUGCGCGUGAAGCCACAACGCAAAAAAUGUGUCUCCACCGAGCGGUAAUUGAUUGGAGCCGCUGUGACGACAGGGUGAGGAUCGUGCAGAGAUGCGCUCGCUCGCAAUGCGAUAGCUCGCAUCUCAACAACAAAACCGGUGCCAUCACGACCCACUGGCCACGGGUUGUGUCCGAUGGUCUUGCGAGCGUGCUUUUGAUUUUUCUCAGGUUAUCGUUUUUAUUUACCGCUUUCUUUUAUAGAUUAGUGGAAAAAAACGCGUUUCGCUUUUUUUUGGCGGAGGGUGGUUAGGGGUACGCUUAUCAUUCCACGUGUUGGCAGUGAGGGGGCACUGCGACAGCAGUCUGGAACGUUCCAGUUGCAUGCGCCCCCCCCCCCCCUACGGAUUUCCACCUGGGCUUGAGUUUUCCUUUCAAAAACCUGUGCUUGAGUAAUUUUUUUCCUUCAUAUUAUUUUAGGUAAUUUUGGUUUUACUUUUGUUCCUCCUUAAGCUUAAUAAACUGUUAUAAAU